CAAGGACUCCAUUAUUCUUGGUGCGAUUCUAUCUCUUCGUGAUACAAAAGUUGUUCAAGUAAACCCAGAUCCACCCAGCCCCUCGAAGUCAUUCCACCCACCGGGUACUAUAUUCGCGUUGGUCACCGUUGCCCUCUAUAUAUACAUCGGACAGAGGUAGGCAAAGGUAGGGCACAUGCCAUCCCAGCCCAACGCCUCAAGUAGAGCGAGCUGACCAUGCCCAGUGCCUAGUAGUCGACCUGAGCCAUGUCUGCGAGUUCUGGCCUGCGAGGAACGUGCGAUGUCUGUCUUCAUGCUAACAAUGAGCACAACACUGCGCCCUGCCCCGUGCCUCGCUGCAGAAAUCGAUGGAAGCAAUGCCAGGUCACCGGCGGAUGUUUCAAAAGGUCGAAUAAUUGGGGCCGGCGGAUGUGUUAUGCCUGCAAAGCCCACCCGGCCGUCAGGGAUAACCUAGACUUCGGGGGACUGAGGCAAAGAGAUGUCACACGGGCCCAGAAGGCGGACUACCAGGAUACAGGAACAGCGGGCGGUGAUACAUCCAGCGGAGAGACCAGUGAGAGUAGCCCUGCGCCAAGCGACCCUAACUAGGGACACUCGGUCGGUUCCAAGUCGCCAUCGCUUGAGAUCUUAUGUGGACUCUGUCGUGUAUGAUAACCUAUGUUGGAGGGUCUGGUUUGCUGGUCGGCGAGGAUCAUGUGUGGGAUCGCUUUGCUCAAUCGUUGUUACCUUCGCAAUCUGCGAGGCCUAGAUAGCGUCAACAUCAUCACCUUCCUCCGUGGAAUUGAAAUAGCAUCCCCAAC